AUGAAACGGUUCUUCAACCAAUUGCUCCGGAAUAUAUCACUCUCGCGAGACACCAAUACCACCCUAUGCACAACCACAACAACACCAACGAAAAUAUCACCCCUGGAGAUCCCUCUUAUCCUUGACCUCAUCUUCUCGUACCUCGACGACCACACCUGCCGCUAUAGGGUCGCACUCGUCUGCCGACAAUGGUUCCUCCGCCAACAGAACCAGUUCUCCAGAACGAUUACCUUUGGUGACUUUUGGACCGACAAGCAGGUGGCACUAUUUUAUACAAAGUUACCAGGAGCUGGACGUCUGGAGUGUGUGCUCCAUUUCGACUCGCUACGAGGGAUCGAUACUAAGAAUAUCAGAGUACUGCUUGAACGGUACCAGGGGGACUAUCAGAGACAAUUAGAGAAGAGGAAUCAAAUUGCGAUCAACAAGCGCAAGCCGACACUGUACAGUUUCGACUCGCUCAGGGCUAUCAGUAUUUCUGUGGGGGUUCAGUAUGGCACGACUAUCGACUCGAUACCAUUUCCGCCAUCCUUGACCAGCCUCGAGUUGACGUUUAUGUUCUGUCUGUCUAACGGAGAGAGCUUUGGCAAGAUUAUGAGGACGUGCCCGUUGCUGGAGAUCCUGUCUUUGGAAGUGGAGGAGAGAUCGAGUCGGCCUAUGUCGCAGAUUACCCUGGAUCAGGAACUACACCCGAAACCACUCCCUCUCCAGCACCUCAAACUCAGGAAUGUCUACUUUGCGCAGGCUGACCUCGAGAGCCUGCUAUUGUUCACCCCACGGAUCAAGUCCCUCAAGUUGAUAGGGUUGGAUACACAUCACCGCCCGAAGUAUGACUGGACGAGGCUUCUGGAGCACAUCAAGGCGCUGCGCGUCACCCUUGAAGAUGUCUACUUUUUUGAGUAUGGACAGCAAUCGCACUUGGACAUCAUGCCACGACUGGGCGAGAUCUGUCCCACGAUUUGGGAUUGGACACUGUGGGCUCCGGACGUGACGCCUUCCUUCUUGCAGGAAUUGACCCUCAGGACCAGCUUUGUAACGACCUUGGAACUGUUCUGGGAGCCAAUGGACUAUGACUAUGCAGCAUUAUGUUGCUCCAAUGAACUCAAACACGCCCCUCGCCUCAUCCACAAAUACCUCUGCACCUCGUCCCAGCUUGUUCACCUCAAAUCGUUAAAGACCGUCAUCCGACCCGAGUUCAUGGACCUGUUCAACAGACGCGUUCCUCACGGCGACCCUUUGGAUCUACCAACCUCACCUGCUCCAGCUCUAUGGGUGUGUCGAGGCCUAGAGACGCUGCAUGUCGAACUCCAUGACAGACAUUGUAGCAGGAUUUUGUUUGGAUAUGUCUCGCGCGUGCUGCCGCAACUUCAGGAGCUUUUUGUCCGUAUACCCGAAGUGUGCAAGCCCGACGAGGACAGCCCGUUUAUUUACCCGGUCAUGCAUGUGAACUUGCAAGGAGGACUCUGCCUGUUGUCACGACUGAAGCUUCUGCGUCGACUCCGCGUGGCAUCAACCAGUCACGAAUUCAAAGUGACCGACGGAUGCAGUAAGAUGGCCCUCAAUUGGAUGCUCCCCUCUGGGCGCAACGGCAAGUUCAAGAGACAAAGGCGGGAUGAACUGAAGUCAUGGCGGGUGAGGAGGGACGAGGAGGAUCAAAGAGAGACCAUGCGUUCACUGCAACAGCAACAACCACCGAAGCUCGAAAAGGAGGCAGAUGCCGAGAUUUGGUCACAGCUGCGUAACCUUGGACUUUUGUUGGAUGUGGAGGAGGUGGUGAAGGAGAUUGACGCUGGAGGCUUUGAACCUCUGCCGAGUCUUGAGAAGUUGUCCUUCUCUUUGAACACGCUAGGAAUGAAGCAUCCGGAGGUGGAGCUGAAAAACGUAUUCCGGGAUAGGAAGAAAUGA